AAACAGCUCAAAAAAUCAAAGGGAGGAGUUAAAUUUGCUAUUUCCACCUGAAUUGCGGGUUGGGCAGUGAAUGGGGGAAGUACGGGUGCUGCAGAAUUUGUGGGCUGUCAAUCGGGAUUUGCAAGCACAUCCGGAAUGAUACUAGGGGCUCUACAGGCCUGUGUGCGAAUUCUUGGUGGUUGUGGGACAAUACUUGUGCUCGCCACCGCACCAGCUUAUACUACACUUAUGGGACUCGCCACGUCGCCAAGUCAUACUGCAGUGCUCAUAUGUAAAAGACCAGGAUGUACUAGGCCACUAGUACUCGCCAGUUCGCCAAAAGGUAGCGUGGCACUAGUACUGGCACUCUGCUGCAUAUGAGAGUCAUC